AUGGUACUGGCGGUGCGGAGCACGGGCUUAAAGGCCAUGCGCAGCAUCCCCCGUCUCUCUCUGCCUCUCUGGACCGCGCGCGCUCCGUCCUGCCAGGGGCCGGGCUACGCCUGCAACCUCGGCUUCCCCGCACGGCACGUGACCCACCGGGCAACAGCGUGCCAAGUCCAGACAUUGGGGGCUCCUGUCGAACAAACAAUAGGCCCCGCCCCGCGGCCGGCCAGCCCGGCCACGCCCCCGCGAGCGGAGGGGGAAGCGCGAGGCCCCGCCCCCAGGACGCGCGGCCGGGCGGCGCGAGGCCGGGACUCGAGCGGAGCCACGGGCCGCGGCAGGACGUGCAGCGAUCCGCCCGCCUCAGCGCUGCUAGCGUCGCCGCUGCCACGACCAUGGGGGCGGGGACGCCGCCUCUCGCGUAGUGCCUCCCUGGACUCCCCCGUCGACACCAUGGCGACCACCACGCUGCUGUUCCACCACCACCGCCAGAGGCACGCCGGCUGCUACCCGCCGCCGCCGGCGACGCCGCAACCCGCCGCCUCCGACGACGAGGACGAGCUGCUGAGCGUGGGCAGCGAGACGCCGCCGCCCGCGCUGUCGCUCACCGACCACCUGAUCGCCGCGACGCCGCCGCCGCCGCCCUCCUCGCGCUACGACGACGACGAUGACGAGGACAGCGACUCCAGCGACCGCCUCGACGUGGCGUCGUCGUCCGACUCGUGCCGCUCGUCCACGUCGCGCUCGUCGCUGGCGUCCACGCCCGCCCCCACGGCCGCCGCCGCCGCCGCCUCCGCCCAGCUCAAGUUCAGCAUCGACAACAUCCUGAGGCCGGAGUUCGGGCGGCCGCGCGCCGCCGCCCCACCCGCCGCCGCCGCCGCGCCCGGCCGGAGGGAGGCGGGCCAGCCCAUGGACCUGACGAAGGAGGCGGCGCCGGCGGCGGACGGCAAGGCCGGCGGCGGCAGCCAGCUGAUGUGGCCGGCCUGGGUGUACUGCACGCGCUACUCGGACCGCCCUUCCUCCGUCUGCGAUAUGACGUGGGCUGCUUCGCCACUCCGCGAACCUCUCUGCGCCACUCCGCGGGUGGACGAGACGGUAGCGGAGACGGUAGCGCAGACGGUAGCGCAGACGGUAGCGCAGACGGUAGCGCAGACGGUAGCGCAGACGGUAGCGGAGACGGUAGCGGAGACGGUAGCGCAGACGGUAGCGCAGACGGUAGCGGAGACGGUAGCGGAGACGGUAGCGCAGACGGUAGCGCAGACGGUAGCGGAGACGGUAGCGGAGACGGUAGCGGAUGGUGUCGCCUCCACCACACGUGCCUCGGGAGACACAGGGGCGGGGCUGUCGCCGCGCCGAGACGUCACGUGA